UCUUGUAUAUAGAUUUGCAAAUGACAGUUGACAGUGCAAACACUAUUGCGAAUUUAGCUUAAUGGAUGGUCUAUUUCUAAUUUCUAAUAAUAGUUUUAUGCUCUAUAAAAGAAAAUGGUUUUUAGAUUCCUUCUUUUAUAUUUUCAGUGGUACUUUUUGACCAAAUUCGCAAAAGUUUUUGUCGCGAAAUUUUUAAGAGCAUCGAUUCGCGUUUAUAAAAUCUUUUUAUAUUGCUCAUUUCGUGAAUUUUCCCGUUUACAAUAUGUUUCUGCACUUUAAAAUGGAAAAAUUUUUGAAACAUUUCAUAUGAUGGGUAAUACAUUUUUCUACUUAAUCAAUGUUUUAUAAAUAACGUAUUCAACACGGUAUGCAAUUGCCAGUGGUCAUCGGUGAAAAACAUAUCUCCUGUGUAGUAAAAGGCAUUAAAAACUUUUCAAAUGCUCUUUUUAGCAUGAAAGAAAUAGCACUGUCGUAUUAGUUUUUUGUUUAUUUUACACCAAGUAAAGUCUUUUUUUGUAUUUUGUUCCAAAUAGGAAACGGAAGAAUGUCAAAAACCUAAAUCACUAAACUCCUCCAUGCAGAAGAUAAUAUGCGGUCGCGGUAGUUCAACAGGUUUUAAUUUUCGCAUUCCGCGCCAUAAAGGGAAAACUACAGUUUGUAAAAGGCUUAACGGCAUGGUUCUAGUGGUUUAAAGUGAAUUUUUAACCUUAAUGAAGUCUGCAUGAGGUUUGAUCAUUGUUUCGUGUGGUCUUAAGAAAAGUGUUAGCUGUAGAGAGGUAUAAGCUAAAGGGAUUCUUGCUAUAAUUGGUCUGCACUCUAUUAUAUUUUUAUGGAUUCACGAAACCAUUACAAUUUGCAUCGCUUGAUGAAGACAAGAUAGUGGGAAUGUUGUUCUGGCAAUAUCAGAAUGAGGAUAAUCUAAACUGUCGCCACAAACUCACAUUAAGCGUUAACGACUCGUUAUUUAUCGUAACCAUUCGUGAACCUGCAUCAAGAUGAAGUAUAAUGCAUACCAUGAAGGUGCGAAAAUUUUUAAAACAUCGAUUUGUCAUAUAAAAGAACAAAUCAUGCAAAUGAAGCAAGAAAAUUACCAUUUGCGAAGCGCAAUAGAGAGAUGCAAAAUUGAAAUACAAAAUCUUCGCGAUGAAAACACAAAACUUUCAAGCUCUUCGAAGAAUUCCACAAUGGAUUGUGACAAUCUGAAAGUUAUGAAUGAUGAAAUUACUGUAUGUCUCAAGCAGGCUCAACAAGAAAACGCAAUCUCUUGUGAAGCAAUAUGCAGACUCGAAGUCGAGUUAAAAUCAAAAGUAGAGGAGAAAUUCGAGUUACAGAAGCAACUUGAUAUGUACGAGUACGAGCUAAAGCAUUUGGAAAGCCAGUAUCACACAUGCUUUCAAGAAAAAAGUGAGUUGGAGAAACAAUGCACCAAAAUGUCAGAACAUCUGGAAGAAAUACAACAAAAAGUCGAGAGACUAAAAGAAGAAAAAACACAACUGGAACAUCACACAAGCACUCGUGUUCAGGAAAUUGCUCAGCAGUUAAACAACACAGAGAGUGAAAGAGAUGAGUUGAAAAGAAUUUCUAAGGAAAACGAACAGAAAAUUUAUGAUUUGAAUAAUGAUUUGACAUCAGCUAGCACUCAGAACGCCAAGUUGAGAGAAAACAACAAGAAAUACAAAGAUGCGGUGAUUGAACUUCAAGAAGAGAAUGAAAUGCAGACAGAACAAUUACAUCAUUACAAACAGCUUGAAGAAUCUUGUACAAAUCUUAAACAAGAAAAUCAUCAACUCGUGGAAAAAUUGCAAAAAGAAGAACAAAAUUUUAAAUGUCAGAAAGAAGAACUUCAGCAAGCGCUUGAAGAGUUAUCAUCUUUACGAACUCACACUAAAAGACAGGAUGAGCAACUUAAGGAAAUGACAAAUAUACAGGAAUGUCUUAACAAGUCCAUUGGUGAAUUAGAAAAUAACAGUGGUAUAAAAUCUGAACAACUUAGAGAAAUGGAAGAGAAGGGAAAGUUAAAGAUCGCUUCUCUUGAAAAGCUGACUUCAAGAUUACAAAUAUUUACCAGGAAACUGGAACAGGAUUUAGACCUGACGAGGUGUGAACUAAAGGACAGAAGAAAGGAAGUGUCAGAGUUAAAACAAGAAAAUUUAGAGAAGGAUUUUCAACUACAAGAAAUUGAACGAGAUUUGAAAGCGAAAGACAAUCUGUUGAAAACAAAGGAGAAGGAGAGUACUUCUUUUCAAGAAAGCUACCAGUCGUUGAAGGCUGAACUUUUAGUACUGAGGGAAAAACACAGAGAGUUUCAAAAGCAAAAUGAAGAAGAGAGGAAAAUGGAUGAAAACGAAAGUAUGCUUAUUCUUAAACGAAUGAACGAGAUGAAAAUAAAACAAGAAGAAAAAAUAAAGUCAGACGAACAAAACCACAAAUUUCAUGAAUUACAAGCGAAGAUUGUUGAACUGGAAAAUAAAUUAAGAACUGAAGAAUCAAACUUGUGUGCAGAACGUGUUGAGAAAUCCUACUUGAAACAAGAACUGCAACGUAUGCAGUUGAGAAAUAAAACAGUAAAAACUCUUCAAUGCGACAAUAGUUAACACUUUGUUAA